UGAUUGGUCAGUAGGCGGGGCUCUAACACCGGUUGAUCUCUAAUCACCAACACUCCUGACCAGGUUAGGAGUUCAGCAUGAGUUACCACGGCGAUUGAACCCGGUAACAACUGAUCCACCGUCGUGGUACAGGAAACCCUGGGUUGAACCUGAAGUUACCUCGUUAACGCCAAAUCCUGCUUUGUAGUCCAGGCCUCUGGUGUUUAUGUGGUCGUGGUCUGAUGGGUCCAAAUUCAAUUACAGAAUCUUCAAUGGGGGGCAGCCUGACAACGAUGGUGGAGCUGAGUUCUGUAUUAUGAUGCAGGUAUAUAAGGGCCUGUGACUCUCUUUUACCUCCAAAACCAAACCAGGCAGAACAAAGAUUAUUGAUUGACAGUCAUCAGCUUGUUCUUCUACUCUGUGUCAGCCAAUCACCACCUCAGCAAAGAUUACAGAUAUCUGUGACAUUUUCUUUCAGUGACAGUCAUCAGCUUGUUCUUCUCCUCUGUGUCAGCCAAUCACCACCUCAGCAAAGAUGGCAUCAGUCUUUCCGUUUUCUUUGUUGCUCUGUUUGUCCAGUGGACUGUUGACUGCAUAUGGUGCAGCUUCCUGCCCUCCUGGUUGGACUCAGUUUGGCUCUCGCUGUUUUGCUUUCUACAGCCAGGCAAAGACAUGGCCCGAGGCAGAGAUCUUCUGCCAGAUCACUGGUGGGAAUCUGGCUUCCAUCCACUCAGCUGAGGAACAUGCAUUCCUCAAAAACUACAUUAACCAAGUGACCGGUACACAGAGAACUUCCUGGAUCGGAGGCACUGACAAAGCGCACGUGUUUAGGUGGUUGUGGACUGAUAGAUCCCACUUCACCUACACAAGCUGGAAUGCGGGGGAGCCUAACAACCACGGCGGAGCGGAGUUCUGUAUUGUGAUGAACUGGGGUGGAGCAAACUGGAACGACUGGGGUUGUAACCACCAGGUUGCUUUCGUGUGCUCCAAGAACAGCGCAUAACUCUAACGUGCCAUCAUGAAGCCUCUCCAGCUCAUCUAUAAUCUCUAUCAUUGAUUCCCUUUCAGUUUGUUCAGCAGACAGAAACAGCUCUCUGCUGACAGAUGACUCACUUUCACUUGUUUAUUAUCUGAAGAGUUAGGGAACAGUUCACAUUUGGGUUUA